CCUCUGUCGUCGUCGUUCACCGCUGGGCCCUCGAGUUGGCCAUGGCGCUCUGCUUCCUCCAUGGCUGCCAGCCGUCCGUGAUCCACCGGGACCUCAAGCCAGGAAACCUCCUGCUGACGGCCGAGGGGCAUCUUAAGGUCUCAGACUUCGGUCUCAGCAAGAUCUUCGACGCCAACUCGUCGGACGGGACGUACAGGAUGACGGGGGUGACGGGGACCCUCCGCUACAUGGCGCCUGAGGUCAUGCGGUCCGAGGCCUACACGGAGAAGGUGGACGUUUACAGCUACGCGUUCGUCUUGUGGUUCAUGUGCACGGGCGAGAGGCCGUUGAUGGGGAAGGUGCAGCAAGACUUCCUCGAUGCCGCCACCCGCCACUUCGACCUCCGUCCGGACCUGGAGGAGAUCUCCUACAAGCCCCUCGCCGCCCUCAUGGCGUCCGCAUGGCACGGAAUUGCGGACCAGCGACCGACGGCUGCGGAGCUUGUGGCGAGGCUCCGAGCCAUGCAACUCCCGAACAACCCCAAGGAGAAGGCAUGCAAGAAGAGGAGCGGAGCCAAGUCGUGCAGCAUCUCGUAGACGAGGGAGAGAGCGGGGAGAGAGUGGACGAGGGAAGAGGGAGGGGAGGGAGCAAGAGAUUGUUUGGUGCCUGAUAGCAUAUUCACUUGUC